CAAAAAGCCUCAUCAAGAAAACAAAACACCACCAACUGCUCAAUCUCUAUCUCUUGGUUUCUGUGGGUGUGCGUGCUAUAAUUAAGAAGAUCUCAAGGCAGACUCGUCAAACAUAGGUUUCUGGGGAGAGAGAGAGAGAGAAGCCAGCAGGGAGGAUCAGGCCACAAUAGAAACUGCCCCUGCCGUCUUCAAGAAGAGCCCCCCACCUCCUCCAACUAUUCACUCACCUGCUGAACUUCUCCCCAUUGUGAUCCCCCACCAUUAACUGCCUGAAUUGUUGGUUUCUUCAACCCCUGCUUGGUUUAUUGGAGUGGUUGGAUCAGCGGGUGCCCAAAAGGGUCCACGGAUUGCUGACCUUGCUCGGCUUUCUAUCGUGGGGAGCCGUUUCCGGCAGUGGGAGGGAGAGAGAGAGAGUUCUUGGAGGCGACAAGGCCAGCCCUGCCCAGCGAUGGCUUGAGUUCUCGAGUGGUGGUUGGGGUUUCUUGUGCGCUCGGCUCCUACUUAAGCGGCGUCCUUUGGAAGAGACCGGCCUGUGCGAGCUAGCCGUCGUCCAGGAUGGCCGCGUCCGUGAAGCUGGGAUCAAAGCCUGAUGCUUUCAGAAGGCAGGGUCAGGCAUGGUUCUGCACAACUGGGCUACCCAGUGAUGUUACUGUUGAGGUUGGGGAUAUGUCUUUCCACCUUCAUAAGUUCCCUUUACUUUCCAAAAGUGCUGUUCUCGAACAGUUGAUCGAGGAGAGUUCAGAUCAAGAAGAAUGCACCAUCACACUAAGUGAUAUCCCUGGGGGUACAAAAUCAUUUGAGCUGGUGGCAAGGUUCUGCUAUGGAGUGAAAAUAGAACUUUCUUCUGCAAAUGUUGUCUACCUACGUUGUGCCUCUGAGCAUCUCCAGAUGACUGAAGAAAUAUCUGAGGACAACUUGAUUGCACAGUCAGAAAUGUUCCUUAAUCAAGUAGUCCUCCGUAACUGGAAAGAUUCUUUAAAAGCGCUGGAAACAUGUGAUGACCUCCUCCCUCACGCAGAAGAUCUUCAGAUUGUGAAGAGAUGCAUUGAGUCAUUAGCGGCGAAAGCUACUACUGAUCCAAACCUCUUUGGUUGGCCGAUAAGGGAACAUGGCAUCAUGCAAAGCCCUGGUGGUAGUGUGCUGUGGAAUGGUAUCAGCACUGGUGCAAGGCCCAGAAACUUCAGUUCAGACUGGUGGUAUGAUGAUGCAUCAGCAUUGAGUUUUCCCAUGUACAAGAGAUUGAUCUCCGCUAUGGAGUCUCGAGGCGUACGACCUGAGACCAUUGCUGGUUCUUUGGCAUACUAUGCGAGGAAGUACCUCCCAGGACUUAAUAGGCGCAAUAGCACGGGAAUAGCUCCCCCGACUGCUACUCUUUCUGAGGUUGAACAGAAGAACUUACUCGAGGAGAUCAAUACACUACUACCUGUUCAGAAGGGUUUAGCAUCUACAAAACUUUUGCUCGGGCUGCUUCGCAUAGCCAUGAUUCAAAGAGCCAGCUCCACUUGCAUUUCUGACUUAGAGAAACGGGUUGGCAUGCAGCUAGACCAGGCCAGCCUGGAAGAUCUACUGCUGCCAAAUUUCUCUUACACCAUGGAAACUCUGUAUAAUGUCGAGUGCGUGCACAGGAUUCUUGAGCACUUCUUGGCAAUGGACCAGGCUAAUGGUGGCGCUUCCCCAUGCAUGGACGAUGUGAUGGCAUCCCCAUCGAUGAUACCAAUCACUGCUGUUGCUAAAUUAAUUGAUGGCUAUCUUGCAGAGGUUGCAUCUGAUGUCAAUCUGAAGCCUCCAAAAUUCCAAGCUCUGGCAUCUGCUGUGCCUGAGUAUGCACGGCCAUUAGAUGAUGGCCUCUAUCGGGCCAUUGAUAUAUACUUGAAGGCACAUUCCUGGCUCUCAGAAGCUGAACGAGAGCAGCUCUGCCGGCUAAUGGACUGCCAAAAGCUCUCCCUAGAAGCAUGCACUCAUGCCGCACAGAACGAGAGGCUCCCACUGCGUGUCGUUGUACAAGUCCUCUUCUUUGAGCAGCUCCAGCUAAGAACCUCGAUUGCUGGGUGCCUGCUCGUAUCUGAUAACCUUGAAAGAUCUAGGCCACUACGGAGCGGCAUCGCAACAUCUGGGGAGGCUGGGGGAUGGACCACAGCAGUUAGGGAGAACCAGGUCCUGAAAGUCGGCAUGGACAACAUGAGGAUACGGUUGGCCGAGCUCGAAAAGGAGUGCUCAGACAUGAGGCAGGAGAUCUUGAAGCUGGGGCGUGGCAAGAGUGGGGGCUGGACUUCUCAUGUCCCCAAGAAGUUCAAUCUGAGGAUCAAGUCGCAGAUGUGCAGCGCCCAGGAGGGCUCGGUCAGUGAGCAGCAGAAGAGCAUGAGUGCGAAGAUUGACAAGCUGCAAGCAAAGUUGUCGAAGCAAAAGAAGCAGCUUUCUGCAGAUGCCUGAAAAUCCUAAACCCCCUUCUCUUGUAAUUUUAACCUGGUCCUGAUGUUAACUGUGUUUACUUGUUUCGUUUCCGUAGAGGUUAAAUGUACUAGUACCAAGUGCCAGUGGUUUGAAUUCCUUGAUGUGAACAUUUUCUGAUGUUUUGGAGUGUUAGUGAGAAUGGAACUGUGUAGCGAAGUUUGAUGUUUUCCAUUGACUGAAGUAGCACAAGUGGUAUGUUCUCGUAGUUCCAUUGACUGAAGUUUGAUUGUUAGCUCUUGUACUACUCCGUACUGUAUAAGGUUCUAUUUGGUUGGA